AUGUACGCAUCUAUGUUUGGUGAAGCCUGGAUCGAGUUUCAAGUGCGCAUGCCCAACGAAUCCCACCGCUGCCAACUGCUCGACGAAUCCAAUGACGACUCAGACACCAUCAACGACAAAGCCUCCGACAACGACACGACAGCCGACAACAACACAACCUCCGACAACAACACAACCUCCGACAACGACACAACCUCCGACAACGACACAACCUCCGACAACGACACAACCUCCGACAACGACACAACCUCCGACAACGACACGACAGCCGACAACGACACGACAGCCGACAACGACACGACAGCCGACAACAACACAACCUCCGACAACAACACAACCUCCGACAACGACACAACCUCCGACAACGACACAACCUCCGACAACGACACAACCUCCGACAACGACACAACCUCCGACAACGAAACAACCUCCGACAACGACACAAACUCCGACAACGACACAACCUCCGACAACGACACAACCACCGACAACGACACAACCACCGACAACGACACAACCACAGACAACGACAGCACCUCCGACAACGACACCACCUCCGACAACGACACCACCUCCGACAACAACACAACUUCCGACAACGACACAACCUCCGACAACAACAAAACCUCCAACAACAACACAACCUCCGACAACGACACAACCUCCGACAACGACACAACCUUCGACAACGACACAACAACAGACAACAACAAAACAACCGACAACGACACAACAUCCGACAACGACACAACAACAGACAACGACACAACCUCCGACAACGACACAACAACCAACAACGGCACAAACUCCGACAACGACACAACAACCAACAACGACACAACAUCCGACAACGACACAACAACCGACAACGACACAAGAACCAACAACGACACAACAUCCGACAACGACACAACCACCAACAACGACACAACCACCAACAACGACACAACAACCGACAACGACACAACCUCCGACAACGACACAACCUCCGACAACAACACAACCUCCGACAACGACACAACCUCCGACAACGACCAGACAACGACACAACAACCGACAACGACACAACCUCCGACAACGACACAACCACCAACAACGGCACAACCACCAACAACGACACAACAACCGACAACGACAGAACCACCGACAACGAGACAAACACAGACAACGAAAGUGCCUCCGACAACGAUCAAAUCAUCUACGACAACACAUCCUAGUGGCGUCUGCGUUCCUAACCCUUGUGCUAAUGGGGCUACCUGUAGGAAAAGGACUGGGGCUAGUAAAGGCUUUAUUUGUGCAUGUCCUGAAGGAUUCACUGGAAUCAAAUGUGAAUUUUAUUACGGUGAAGACAAAGUAUCGCUUAUCUUGGAAAUGAGCAUAAAGCAAUGGAACACGCUUAAAUUUCAAGAAAGUGUCGUGGUGUCAUUUAAUGAACUCUGCACAAAGGCGCCCUGCUCAUACAAGACAAACAGCGAAAGAAAGCGACGUGACGUAAACACCUUCCGGCCAUUCAUCACAAGUGACGUCAUCAUUACCAAAGAGCCAAUGCCUGCAAGCGAGUCUUUGCUUGAGGUCGAGGCUGUCGUUCUCCAGCCUUCAACCACCAAUAAGAACCGUCAGCCAAUACCACGUGAUUCUCUAUGCACAAUGGUUCGGGACUCCAGGAGCCAGAUCGCACGCAACUUUGGAGGGAACAGAGUUGUGUAUAUUAAUGGUGACAAGAGCCCGACGUGUGGGCAGGAGUUAGGGGGGAGCGCAGGUGGUCGUAAGGGAGGGGAGGCUAGCGCAAGACAGACAGGCCCGAGCGGGUCUAUUGCCGGGGCGGUGGUUGGAGGAUUGCUGAUGCUCGUCCUCGCUCUGGUGAUAUUCAUUCUGUACAGGAGACGAAAAGCCCUACAACAGCCAAACAGACCCAUCGAUUUCAACAAUCCUGGUUUCUAUGACGAUCCAGAUAAUCUUGACAACGAGCUAAAUCCCCAGCCACCUCCUUAUGAAGAAGUCGUCGUGACGGAAGGGCAUCGAGAUCUCUCACGACAACCAUCCAGCGAAUCAAUGGGCGCCCAGUCGAAUCCGAUCUACGCCGAGAUCGGACCGAGCGUGUUCGAGAGGAUCGAUGAAAGCUCGGAAGGAAUGUCGGAAUGGCGAAUGAAUCCGAUUGAAGAGAGCCCCAGAAGGAUUGAUCUUGGUGAAUAUGAGAAUUUAGAGGGGAGGGGUGGGGAUUACGUAGGGAUCUCCCUUUCGACAUCCACUGAAGGUUCCCGUGGGGGUCCUCAUGUAGAUCCCAAAGGUGCACUACUAGAGGAUGAUAAUCCAGCUUACGCGCAUCUGAACAGACGUAGGCGAUUUACGGACGAGGAAGAUUACAGUCAUCUGAGGAACAUGACUCAGCAUGGAGUCAAUCAGAGGCCAGGUUAUAGUCAACUGGGGAACAUGACACAGCAUGGAGCCAAUCAGAGACCAUUUAGUAAUUCUGCUCCUCCAUCUUAUGAAAACUCAACUACGGGAAACAUACAGAGGAAUCCGGAUUCUCGAGCAGGGCAUACAGGACAACAGAAUGAAGGCGAUGUGGCAGCUACGACCAAUCGAGAUUCAGGUAAACACCGGAGAAAGAGCACCGUAAAGAAGAAAGUACAUGGGAUGAGGUUUACACAUCCGGGAGAGUACGAUAAUGUUGAGAUUGUGUUGCCUCAGAACAGACACCAUGCGAGCAAUCACAGAGCAAGUAGGCAUCGCGUUACCCCCGUAACAAACUCCUAUGAAAACGGGUGGCUAAAUCAAGAUAAUCACGUGAUUGGAACACGUGACGUGUUGACAUUGCAGGACAAACCGUCAGAGGAGGAAACCAUUAUUUGAGCAUGCGCAGACAAUAUAUUAAUGAAGCAGACACUGGACUUGCGAGAGUAGAUAUCUUAAAGCAAAUGUAUAGAUAAUGGCAGUAGCAACUAGACCCUCGAACGUUAA